AUGUGUCGUAACUUCCCCAACCAAAACAAUGUCCCAGUACUCGACUGGCCACCCUACAGUCCAGAUCUGUCCCCGAUCGAUCAUUUGUGGGACGAGCUGGACAGAAGGCUUAGGAAGCGCGCCAGCGUCCCAAAAAACGUCACUCAGCUCACGCAGGCCCUUCUUCAGGAGUGGAAUACCAUCCUUGAUGGAGUCAAUGAUAUAGAUGACCGCUGGGAACAAUGGUGGGGGUACGACGAAACAUCAGGACCCGCCAACUGGGGCGUCACUGGCCCGUACCGGAUGUGCUCUUGGGGCAAACAACAAUCUCCAAUAGACAUACACCCGGAUAUACUACUGUUCGACCCGAAUCUCAAACACGUUAAAGUGGAAAGUUCUCACGUAAAUGGAAAGCUGCUUAACACCGGAAAUGACAUCACGUUCUUGUUGGACAGUUCUUUCCCAACUCACGUCAAUGUUAGCGAAGGACCUUUGUCAUACAAGUAUCACGUGACAGCCAUCAAAUUUCAUUUCAGCAAAAGACAUUUUAACGGAUCAGAGCACAGAAUUGCCGGACGAGCAUUUCCUGCGGAAAUGCAAAUAAUUGGAUAUAAUGGUGAUUUAUAUGAAAAUAUGUCUCGUGCUGAAAAUUCUUCAAAUGGAGUCGUCAUAAUUUCAACAUUUUUAGAGAUACAGCCACAAGGACUGGAACCUAAUCGAGCAUUAAAAGUAUUUACAAGUAAUCUGGAAGCCAUAAGUGAAAGAAAUUCCAUUGUACAGAUAAACUCAUUUUCUAUAGCGGAUCUACUGCCUCAUACGGAUCAUUAUAUCACUUAUGAUGGGUCUAUGACUCAGCCCAGCUGUCAAGAAACUGUUACCUGGAUCAUUUUCAAUAAACCAACAUAUAUAUCAGCAUCACAGUUAAGGGAAUUAAGGAACGUACGUAUGGCUUGGCCUUGGGACAACGUAAGGCCUGCUAUGCCUCUCAACCAUAGAGUUGUUCGAACCAAUAUAAAUUCUCGGAAACAGUCCAGAUUAUGUAGCAUGAAAAGAGAUAUAUUUUACGACAUUAAUUCAAACUUUCGAACUUGA